AUGUACGAGUACGAGGAGUACGAGUACGGGUAUUUGCAUUUAAACGGCUGUUUGACGGAACAUUCCGUCUUGAGCGGGCAUAUUGACCAAUUAGAUGCUGCUUUUGAUGGCUACGGUCAUGGUUUUUCAACACCGAUUAGGCACAUAUCAGUGCGUUCAUUGUUGCCAAACACGGAUCACUACAUCACAUACGAAGGCUCAACUACACAUCCUGGCUGCUGGGAGAGCACCGUUUGGAUUAUAGUUAAUAAACCUAUUUAUAUCACUAAACAAGAGUUAUAUCAACUCAGACGACUGAUGCAAGGUUCAGAGACUUCACCUAAAGCUCCAUUAGGCAAUAAUGCGCGUCCUCUACAAGGACUUCAUCAUAGAACAGUAAGAACUAAUAUAGACUUUAAGAGAAACAAGAAUCAAAACUCAUGCCCUUCCAUGUACAAGGAUAUGUAUUACCGAGCGAAUCGCUGGUCACCGGACACAGGACUUCUAAUUCGUUGACCGCACUAUCUUCACAAAGAAAUGCCGAGACGGAUCCGCAGCAGUACCAGCUACCAAAGUAGCCACGAAAGCAACAACGAUCAU